GGUCGGUCAGCCUGAUCCAGACACUGUAUAAAUGAAAGGACAGAAAGGAGAGCAGAACAAACUCCUAACAGGAGGAGACUCACUCAUGGCCUACGAGACAGAGGAUCAGGAGACUCAAUACUGCUUUCCCAACAUCAACACAUCAUGUGUCAAGGAAAAUCGCUCCAAACAUGAAUACAACGUCUUGUAUGUGUUUUUUUCAUUGCUGUCAGCAUGGACUGUGUUUCUGAACCUGCUGGUGAUCAUCUCCAUCUCUCACUUCAAGAAGCUUCACACUCCAACCAACAUGAUUAUUCUCUCUCUGGCUGUAAAUGAUCUGCUUAUUGGACUUUUUGUGAUGCCUGUGGAGGCUGUCAGACUGAUUGACAAGUGUUGGUACUUUGGAGACACUUUCUGUGGAUUCACUUUAAUAUUAAUUGGGGUGAUUCCCUCUGCAUCUCUUAGUAAUUUAGUUUUAAUUGCUGUUGAUCGUUAUGCGGCCGUGUGUUACCCUUUACUGUACCCACAGAAAAUAAGCAUGACUAACACUUUAAUGAGUAUCUGUCUGAGCUGGGUUUACUACUUUGCUUACAUCACAGCCCUCGUAAUUUAUAAUAGAUAUCUUGACACUUCACACAGGACAGAUGAAUGUUAUGGAGAGUGUACAAUCAUGAUGAGUUUUAGUUGGAUCAUCACUGAUCUGUUCAUGUGUUUCAUUUUUCCCUGUACCAUAAUGAUCACUUUAUAUUUGAGGAUUUUCUAUGUCGUUCAUCAGCAAGUGAAGGUUAUGAACUCUCUGAUGAAGGGUGGUAAAUGUGUAACAGAGGGUUUAGUGAAGAGAAAAUCUGAGAGUAAAGCUGCUCUGACUUUAGGAAUCAUUGUGUCAGUUUAUCUGCUCUGCUGGAUUCCUUAUUAUAUUUGUUCUCUAACUGUAAUCUCUUCUACAGCUAUAAAUGUUUUAAUAUGGGCUGUGUUUGCCAAUUCAGGUGUGAAUCCUCUAGUUUAUGCUUUAUUUUACCCCUGGUUUAAAAAGACAGCUAAACUUAUCUUGACUCUAAAAAUAUUUCAGCCGGCAUCCUCUCUGAUCAAUAUUUUUACAGAACUUGAAUUGUGAUUAAACUGGUCAUUGUUGCCGCUCACUCACUGUGGUAGAUUUUAUUAUUGAUACCAUUAAACAUUGAUUCAAACAUACGAUUACUUUUAAAAAUAAUAAAAUAAGAUUGGCAGUGAUAA